AUGAUCGGUCAACACACCGCUAACUCGUUCGGGACUCUGGAACAGGUUGCUUUGGGAUCAGGGACAAGGUCGUGGCGAGAAGCCUUCCUUGUACACUUCGAAAGCAUCCUUCGGGACUCGGAAGAUGUCUUUGUCCAUCUUCCCUACGCAGAGAUUCGGCAUCAGGUCGGUCGACUGUCUCCGGUCUUAGACGAGAUCACAUUACCACGGCUGGUGAUAUGCGACUUUGGUCGGCCCUCAGCCGUGCUGCUGGACCCUGUUUCGAAACAGUUGGCGGGGAUUACAGGGUUUGACAGCGCUCUCUGGGGCGACGUCUACAUGGGGGAGAUCUUUGAAGACCCGUCGCCCGCCGUGCUGGAUGGAUUUGCAUCGCGUGACAUUGACUGUGAGCCGGACUUGAUCCGUCAAUUACUAUAUGCAUGUUACCGUUCGAUUCACAACAUCACCAUUCAAUACUAUCGGGAGAGGAACUCGGCAGCCGAAACCGAAGCACGAAGACGGUUAACCAGAAUAUUAACAAAAAUGGCUGCAAUUGAGGUCGUCGAGACUCGUGUGGAUGUUUAG